AUGAGCAAAACCAAGACAACGCCGAUACCUCUCCCUGGCUCCAAGCCAAAGGGGAGCACACCUUCCUCCAGAGGGCCAUUGAGUAAGGAAUUCGUGGAUGACAGCGACGAUUCUUCCGAUGAGACUCCACCGCAGCCAACUACGACACAGCAAAAACCGCCUGUGACUAUAGGAGUGCAUAGACCGAAGACAAAUGGUGUAGCAAAGUCGGCGCCGGUGCCGAAGCCGACAACAGCGAAGAAACAAAAUGAAGCGACGAAACCAGCGGCGAAACCAAGGCCUCUUCCGAAGAAGGCCCCUCCGAAGAAAGUAGUAACCGAGGAACAAGGCGCGGAGUCUUCUAGUAGCUCAGAAGAGAGCGACGACGAGAGCGGUACCGCUAUAAGGGUUGCGCAGCGGCAAGAGAAAGAGAAGGCUCAGGGUAGUGAGAGCGAAAGCGCAAGCAGCUCCGAGAGCUUAAGCGAGGAGUCGGAAGGGGAGCCUUCUCCUCCACCAGUACGGAAAGCUAUCGAAAGGCCACCGGCACCAGCACAACCACAAUCGCACACAGUUGAGUUCCGACCGUCGCGGCCAUACGUGCCCCCGAAAGGCUUCAAUGCCGUCCCCACGAACCAGAAUGCCUCGUCGCGACCUGUCGGGUUGUUCCAGAAUCUGACGGGAAAGCAACUGUGGCAUAUCACGGCUCCUGCAGACAUAUCGCUCAGAGAUUUGAAAGAACUAGCCAUGGAUAAGGAUCUUAAUAGCGGAGCUAUCCUAAGCCAGAAGGGCGCAGACUAUGGGUUCUCAGCUGCGGAAAGGAGUGAAGGCGGCGCCCGUGAGAUUCUGAUUCCCUGUCAGAGUGGAUAUAAAGCCGUACCCAGGCGGAUAUCACAGACUCUUCAUCUGAAACAAGUAGUAAAGCUUCCGAAACUCAGCUCGAAGCAAGCAGACCAGAGCACGGGUUCCGAAGCCGCAGCAUCGAUAACCAGAUCCACCAUUCGCGCACCGCGGUCUCAGGUGAGAGGCCUUAAAAUGCGUUACUUCCCCUCCGGCUCCGGUAAUCAGAAACCGAUAACGCUGGGAUCGUCGGACAGCGAAGAUGAAGCACCUGCUGCCAGAUCUGCUGGACUGGCAAUACCAAACGGGUUGCAUAUACCGUCGAAGCCAGAGAAGCGGAAACAUCGACAUACGAAUGGAGACGAGAGGGUGGAAUCGCCGACGAAGAAGCACAAGAAGCACCGAACACCCGAGGAGAUCAAGGCGAGGGAACAGAAGAAGGCGAGGGAACAGAAGAAGGCGAGGAAAGAAAAGAAAAGGCGAAAGGAAUCGGCUUAA